GCUAAAUUGAAUUUGGGAAGUGCAUUGUUACGUGAUGAUUUCAGACAGAACCCUACGGAUGUGGUGGUGGCUGCUGGAGAGCCAGCCAUCCUGGAGUGUGUUCCCCCUCGUGGACACCCGGAACCCACCAUCUACUGGAAGAAAGAUAAAGUGCGAAUCGAUGAGAAGGAUGACAGGAUCAAGAUCCGUGGAGGGAAGCUGAUGAUCUCCAACACGAGGAAAAGUGACGCUGGCAUAUACAUCUGCGUGGGCACCAACAUGGUCGGCGAGAGAGACAGUGAGACGGCCCAGGUCACCGUGUUCGAGAGGCCCACGUUCCUACGACGACCCAUUAACCAGGUGGUUCUGGAGGAGGAGGCAGUGGAGUUUCGCUGUCAGGUGCAAGGAGACCCGCAGCCUACCAUCCGCUGGAAAAAAGACGAAAUUGAUGUCCCCCGUGGGAGACUGCCAGUGAUCAGCGUUUAUGUGUCGAUAUGUGGUUGCGUCAAAGGGUAUGGUGUAAUGUUAAUGUCUUUGGUUCUUGACUCAGCCGCACCGCAGUUCGUGAUCCGGCCGCGGGAUCAGAUUGUGGCACAGGGACGGACCGCCAGUUUCCCCUGUGAGACCAAAGGAAACCCACAGCCGGCGGUCUUCUGGCAGAAAGAAGGAAGUCAGAACCUCCUGUUUCCAAAUCAACCGCAGCAGCCCAACAGUCGUUUCUCGGUGUCGCCCAGUGGAGAUUUGACCAUCACAGCGGUCCAGCGGGCAGACGCGGGAUACUAUAUCUGCCAGGCCCUGACGGUGGCGGGCAGCAUCCUGGCCAAUGCACAGCUUGAGGUCACAGACGUGCUGACCGAUCGUCCUCCCCCCAUCAUCCGGCAGGGUCCAGCUAACCAGACUCUGGGUGUAGACAGUGUGGCUCUUCUGAGAUGCCAUGCAUCUGGAGAACCGGUCCCAACCAUCAGCUGGCUGAAGGAUGGGGUCAGCCUGCUGGGCAAAGACCCUCGCAUGUCCCUGCAGGACCUUGGCAGCCUGCAGAUCAAGGGUUUGCGGCUCUCUGAUUCUGGUAUCUAUACUUGUGUGGCAGCAAGUUCUAGUGGGGAAACAUCUUGGAGUGCUUUCUUGGAAGUCAAAGAGUCUGGAAGUCUUGUUGUAGUUAAAGACCGGGAUGAGAACGAGCUCCCAGGUCCUCCUUCCAAACCUCAGGUCACAGACGUCACUAAAAACAGCGUGUCAUUGUCCUGGCAGCCUGGCCUUCCUGGAGCGUCACCCAUCUCAUCAUAUGUUAUUGAGGCUUUCAGCCAAUCGGUGAGCAACAGCUGGCAGACUGUGGCCGAUCAUGUCAAGACCACCCAGUACACCAUUAAGGGUCUUCGCCCCAACACCAUCUACCUGUUCAUGGUGCGAGCAGUCAACGUCCAAGGCCUGAGUGACCCGAGCCCCAUGUCCGAACCCGUCCGCACUCAAGAUAUAAGUCCUCCAGCUCAGGGAGUGGAUCACAGACACGUGCAGAAGGAGUUGGGUGAGGUUAUUGUGCGGCUACACAACCCUGUGGUCCUCAGCCCCACCACCAUACAGGUCACAUGGACGGUUGACCGGCAGUCUCAGUUCAUCCAGGGCUACAGGGUUUUGUACAGGCAGAUGUCAGGGCUGUCAUCCCCAGGAGCGUGGCAGAGUCAGGAUGUGAAAGUUCCCUCUGAGAGGAGCAUGGUGCUCUCGGCUCUGAAGAAAGGCAUCGUCUACGAGAUCAAAGUCCGUCCGUACUUCAACGAGUUCCAGGGCAUGGACAGCGAGUCCCGAACGGCAAGGACAACAGAGGAAGCGCCCAGUGCUCCUCCUCAGCAGGUGACGGUCCUCACUGUGGGCAAUCAGAACAGCACAUCCAUCAGUAUCUCCUGGGACCCUCCUCCUGCAGAGCAUCAGAAUGGCAUCAUCCAGGAAUAUAAGAUCUGGUGUUUAGGGAACGAGAGCCGUUUCCAUGUAAAUAAGACAGUGGACGCAGCCAUCCGCUCAGUGGUGGUGGGGGGUCUCCAGGCGGGGGUCCAGUACCGGGUGGAGGUGGCCGCCAGCACCAGCGCUGGGGUGGGGGUGAAGAGCGAACCACAAACCAUCAUUAUUGGUAAAGACUUCCGGGAUGUGAUCAUGAGCAGGAACAACAGCAUCACAGAGCAGAUCACGGACGUGGUGAAGCAGCCGGCCUUCAUCGCGGGCAUCGGAGGGGCCUGCUGGGUUAUUCUGAUGGGCUUCAGCAUCUGGCUCUACUGGAGGAGAAAGAAGAGAAAGGGUCUCAGCAAUUACGCAGUUCAGUCGUUCACCUUCACCCCUGCAGUGACGUUCCAGCGUGUUGAUGGAGGCUUGAUGAGCAACGGGAGUCGUCCUGGUCUGCUGAAUGCCAGUGAUUCAGGAUACCCCUGGCUCGCUGACUCCUGGCCGGCCACCAGUCUGACUGUGAACAGCAGUUCUGGAGGACCCAACGACCUCAACAACUUCGGCCGUGGAGACGUGAUGCCCAGCGCCCAGGCCGAUAAGACGGGCACCAUGCUUUCAGAUGGAGCCAUUUACAGCAGCAUCGACUUCACUACCAAAGGUGGAUUCGGCAGUCCAAGCCCCGCCUCCCAGGCCACGCCCUACGCCACCACCCAGAUCCUCCGUUCCAACAGCAUUCACGAGCUGGCCGUCGAUCUGCCUGAGGCCCAGUGGAAGACCUCCCUACAGGCCAAGCAGGAAAUGGCAAGCCUGGGCUACUCACUGCCAGACAAGAACUCCUGCAACAACACACUCCUUUUCAUUCCUGACUACCGAUUGGCUGACGGAUUGUGUAAUAGAAUGCCGCACAACCAAUCACAGGAUUUCAGCACCACCAGCUCCCACAACAGCUCAGAUCGGAGCAACAGUCUGUCAGGUGGGAAAGGCGGAAAGAAGAAGAAGACCAAAACAAACGCCAAGCCCACCAAGAUGAAUGGCUCCAACUGGGCUAAUGUUCCACUCCCUCCCCCUCCUAUCCACCCUCUUCCAGGCACAGAGAUGGACCACUAUGCCUCAGAGCACCAUGACGGAGGAGGAUAUGAUAGUGAUGGUUGGGGCCCACCCUUGCCCGUGCAGACAUACCUCCAUCAGGGUUUAGAGGAUGAGCUGGAGGAAGAGGAAGAACGGGUGCCCACUCCUCCCAUAAGGGGUGUGGCCUCCUCCCCUGCAGCAGUUUCCUUUGGCAAGCAGUCCACAGCCACACUGAGCCCAUCCCCACGUGAAGAAAUACAGCCCAUGCUCCAAGCCCACUUAGAUGAGCUAACCCGUGCUUACCGGUUGGACAUGGCUAAACAGACUUGGCACAUGCAGGGUGGGCCUUACCCGCCCCUGGCCCCUGCACCGCCCGUGGGUUAUAUCUCCAGCACCCUAGUGUCUGAUAUUGAGACAGACCUUCCUGAUGAAGAUGACGAUGAGGAAGACGAAGGAUAUGAGAUGUCGCCGCCAAUUAGGGGCAUCGAACACACGCCAGGCUCCAGCAUGGACAACUUGGACAGCUCUGUUACGGGCUCCAUGGUGAAUGGUUGGGGCUCGGCUUCAGAAGAUGAUGACAGAAACUUCUCCAGCAGAAGGUCUAGUGCCGGCAGCUCCUCUGAUGGCUCACUCUUCACCCAUUGCAGCUUUGCACGAGCCCUGGUGGCGGCCGCAGACAAGGCUGGUUACUGUCUGGACGGCACCAGCCUGAGCAAGAGAGAUAAAGGUCUACCUCAUAGACCUUGUCCCGCUAGCCCAUUCUCCACAGAUGGAAGCACGGUGGGCACACACAGCCUGGGUCACCAGCGGGCGGCAAGGCCCACCCGCAAACACAAAGGCCCUGGCGCUGCCCCGCACCGCCGCGAUGCCAGCGCUGAUGAUCUGCCUCCACCACCAGAGCCUCCACCCUGCCAGACAGCUCGUGUCCAGGGGGUGAGGAACAUGCCCAACCCCUCUGACUGCAAGGCUUCGUCCUCGGAGAGGCAACCCAUGAUGGGCCUGGAGGAGAUGAAGAGUUCCUUGGACCGGCAGGCCCGAACCUCACUGGAGCGCCACCAACAAGCCCUGGAAAGACUGGGAUCCAUAGAGAGAGGAGAGGAGAGCAGAAGAGGACAGAAAAAUGGUCCUGUUUCAGAAGAGGCCAUAUUGCCAUACAACAAACCGUCAUUUCCAUCUCCUGGGGGCCACAGCUCUUCUGGGACGGCCUCCUCUAAAGGGUCAACAGGUCCUCGUAAAGGUGAAGGGACAAGGGGACAGCACCAGCGCUCCACCACGGAGCAGGGCGAAAGCAGCUACAUGGGGAUCAACGCGCAGUACUCUGGAGAGUUAUAGUGAACCUUUUUGAUGGAAACUGAAGAAUGCCUUUAUCUGUUCUGGAAAUGCCUCACCUGCUUGGUGCAAUGGACUCGUGAAGUGUCAGAAGGAAGACGGAAAAAAAAGAGAAAAAAAAUAUGAAAAGGACAAACUGUAAAUGUGAUGUAAACAUGGACAUGCAACCCACAAGAUUCGCAACAUCCCCCACCUUCCUCCUUAAACUAUUCAUUCACAGAAAAAAUAAAAAUGUUGAGGACAAAAAAAGAAAAAAAUGAUGGAAGGCAUGAGAUCUGAGUCGCCCAGCUUUGGUGAACUUGCGAAAAGGAAAUCGAGUUUCCUGUAAAUAUAUUCUUGACAUCAGAGAUUGAAAAUGACAUUGUUAUUGCAUUGCUAUGCAAGCCGAGUUCUGUUUGUGCGCUCUCCUCCCUCUUACGCUGUUGGUCGUUUGUACGAUAUGUGAAUUGAUGGGCUGUGGUGCCAUAUAAAUUAUGUUGUCAUCCAUCAUUUGUUAAUACUUCUCAUGAAUUAAUUGUUGUCAUUAUAAUAAUUAUUAUAAUUAAUUAUUUUCUUUUGCACUGCAAUUUUGGUGAUAAGCACAAAACCAUAGCUCCUGCUGACAUGAAGAAUUGGAGCAAAGGAAAUGUGAAGGGGAGUUGCUGUACUGUACUAGAGAUAAGAAAAUAUAUAACAGUGUACAGAGAUAUAUUAAGAUAUGCCUGCAUCUAUGCCGGUGGAAAGACUUACAGUUCUGACGAAAUGAGUUACGAGCUUUCGGCAGUGGGGUUCCUGAGAGAGGAACUGGACCCUCUCCGUGCUGGAAAUAGUCACAGUUGGGUUGGGAAACUGUUUUCAACACGUCCAGCUGCCCCUACUAGUUAAUAUUACGCAAUCUAGUCCAAUUGGAACAUAUUUAGGCCAGAUCUUUGAACUACACUGGACUACAGGUACCAACUUUGCCUCUUCCCCUGCUCACUGUUUUGCCACUUGCUUUUGUUUUGCAUUUGGUCCAUCUGAGCAUAGCAAAAUUAAUUGACACCAACUUGGCUAACGUUUGGAGGUGAUUAGUUCACUUUGGGCUUAGAGUUAAAUUGGGCUUUUUCAUUUUUUGAUCUCCGCUUAAAAUUUGACGGCAAGCACUUGAAAAAUGAGUAAUUUAAAAGCCAUAUGAAUAAGACUACAAUACCCCUGCCUUCCCGUAAGGCUUCUGCCUUACUCUAGAGGUCUUGUAGACGUCAAUUCCCGUGCUUGUCUUGAGAUUCUGCGUACGUCUCAAAUCACGAGUGGAGAAUCAAUUCAGGUAACUUAAUUUAACAUUUUUGUUGAGCACUUAAUGUAUCUUGUUUUUUAUAUUUCUGACAAUGUCCCAAAGCCUUGUUUUCGAGUUCUACUUUACCUAUGCAGGGCACUGAAUCACUAAGAUCCAUAAAUAAAUCCACAUUCAUUGGUAUCUUGAUUCAGAUAGUCGUCCUGUAAUCACAUGUGGAAGUCUCAAAAUGACUAUCGAGCUAAAGCCAAUAACAUUAUGCAUUUGACUUUGCAAAAAUACGGCAAUAUCUCUCACACGAUCACUAAGGCAUAGUGGUCGUACGAUUUAUUCACGUCCUUGGUGUGUGCUGUACAACGGCAGUCAGACCUCCAGAAAACGUUUCCACUGUCUUUGGCCAAUGCAUAAAGUGCGUUUACCGAACAGUCCAGUUGGUUCUUUUUGCUUGAUGAAAUUUUACAUAUAUAAAUAUAUUAUAAAAACAAAAGGCUGCUCAAAGGAUAUUUUUUACUGUGGAAUCUUCAGGAGUAACUGGUGAAAUGACUGUUUUCUUUCGUUAUUUCCAUCUUCGUUUUUGUACAACGUUACUGAGGAGAGCCCUCCCAAACCGGGCUGACGUGCCGUCCCGUGUCUUUCUCUCAAAAUUCACAUCAUUCAACGCUAGUGUCCAGCUGUUUGGAAUAAUGAGGUGCGAACGAGUAUCUCAGGUUAUUUUACAUCUAUAUCGGUGGUGUUGAUGUGGGUGUAUAUAAAUGUAUAUAUUCAUAUGCAUCCUCACGUAAGAGAGUUCAUUCCAUGUUCGCUAUUGAAACGUUUCUCAACCCCUUGUACCUGAUGGUUUGCUAUGCUCUCUCUUCCUUUUUGGCCCUGUCGACAGUGGAUUUCCAUUCCUUUCUCAUCCAUCUGAAAACAUGCCGGUACACUAAAUGUCCAUAAGACAAAGAUGUCACUUACAGAACAUACCAAAAUUAAUAUUGAUAUUUCUAAUGUCUAAUGCAUUUUAGUGUCUUUUUUAAUACUUGUUUCUUUAAACAUCACAGUG